CUUCAACCCUCGUUAAUGUCAGUACCCAAAUUACAGAGUUAAUGAAAGAAAACACAUUGAAUUGAAGAUAACUGAGGAGCUUUAUUCAAAAAUUAUCAACUCUUUCAGGUUUUUAUGCUUAGAGAACAAUAUUUGUAUCAUCUGUUACAAGGCUUUUUGCUUAGAUGUCGAGCAGCUCCAGCGACAGCGCUUUUGACAUAGAGGAGCUUUUACAGAUUGGGACGAGAUGCAAAGAGCUGCGGAAAGAAAAGGACACGUUGAGAGAAUCUCAGUCCCAGAGCUUCGAACUAAUUAGGAGACUAGAACUACAUGUCAAAUCUUUGUCGGAAGCUCGUAAUGAGGACAGAAAGCACAUCCAGAAGCUGGAAAGAGAGUUGGUUAACUGUAAUCAAGAGAUAGAUUACCUGCAGGAUCAACUAAAUGAAAGGAAUGCCAAGGUUUAUAGCAUGGGAGAGCUUGUUCAUGAGCUUGAUUUAAAAUUAGCAGAGAUGAAUAAUUUACUGGUGAAGGUUAGUCAGUUACAGGAGGAAGUGAGAAAGUCUGAUUCAGAGUGCUUCUUAUUGACACAAGAACUGGAGAGCAAAGAAAUAGAACUGCAAAAGUCAAAUUCGUGUGUAGAGAAACUUGAGCAGUCUUAUUCUUCUUUGGCCCUGGAGUCUCAAUGUGAAAUUGAGAGCUUGAAGCUUGAUAUAAUGGCUCUGGAGCAAGCGUGCAGUAAAUCUAAAAAGAAUCAGGUUGAAACCACUAUUGAAAAGGAAAGACUGGAUGGAUUAAUCCAAGAACUGGCUGAUCGAGAUUGUAGUGCAGAUGACAUUAUACAAUGCUUAGAAAAAGAGAAUAAAGAACUCAGAGACAAGCUUGAUACAUCUGAAGUGAAUGGCAGACUAUUUCUUCAAAGAAUUAAGGAGUGGCUAAAAAACCAGGACAACUCAAAUCUUUAUGCACAGCCAUACUCAAGUGAAUUGGAGAGAGAAAAUAUGUUUAAAGAAAUGAGCGCUUGUGGAGAGGUUCUUGGUCUACUCUUUUCAAAGCUGGCGAUAGUUUUUGCACCAGAAUCAAAUUUCAAAAAGCAGAUGGAGAGAAUGUCGCACCAGAUAAGAGGAUAUGAAGUUCUUGUGAAACAGCUUAAGGAAGAUUUGAGAGAGGAAAAACUAAAAGCAAAGGAAGAAGCUGAGGACCUAGCACAAGAAAUGGCCGAGCUGAGGUACCAAAUGACAGGUUUGCUUGAAGAAGAGUGCAAACGCCGUGCUUGCAUUGAACAAGCUUCAUUACAGAGAAUAGCUCAUUUGGAGUUACAGAUACAACAAGAACAGAGGAAGUCUUCUUUUGCCAGCAGGCAUCUCCAUGAAGCAUAAGAAUCGGCUGCAUCUAGACGCAUUGGGGUAUUGUCAAAUAGAAAUUGUGCUGAAGAUGAAAAUCAUGGUUCAAAUGUGUUGCCGUACAAGAAAGUUGGCAGGGUGGCUUUGAUCACAAGAAGGGUGUCAAACCUGCCCGGCCGCUUCAUUGAUGAAGAACAUUAUGACCCGAAACUUGUCAUUUUAUGUGGUUUUGCAGGCAGCCAUUUUUCUGAAGACAAUAUUAUGGGCUAAUGAUUGGCUUGGGGUGGAACGGAUUUUUCUUUUCUUGCUGUUUUGGUUCAUUUGAAUGUCACAAUUCAUAUGUAUAUGGUUAGACUUUUUUGUAGAAGAAAUCCGAAUGUAUAGCAAACGCCUGUUACAUAUAUUUGCAUGUCCUGAUUUUAUUGUGUUUCAUAUAA